AUUGUCAGUUGUGUACUUUUAAGUGUUUAUUUAUUGUUUAUGUCAUUAUUUUAGUCUCGCGUGUUUGUGUGGUAACAUUGAUCUGCUAUUCUUAUUUGUUGGCUAUAGGCCUAUUAGUAGUUAGAGAUUUCAGUACAUUUCUAACAACCACAGCUGCCGGAAUUAACCAUAAAUUGACCCAAAACCAUUUACAGCGCAGAAUCUUGCUGUUAUUUUUCAAAUGUAACCCCCAAACACAAGCCAAGCGUCAUUACGUCAGAUAUAUAUAUCACUGCUGCUUUAAUCGUCCUCCAGUGUGUAACACGGGUUUAUUUCGGACGAGAGCAGUUACGCCCAGUUCCACAGACCGCCGGGCGUGCCAGGGCUCCUCUGUCCACUGCGCGCUAUAUCACACUGCGGUGCAUCAUCCGGAGGACCGAGCAGGAUGAGCACAACUCCUCUCCACACAGCUCCAUACGCAUACUGGAUGACUGAAACAACGCAAUGAUCAGCUCACGGUUUGCCCUUCCGUCAGCUGUCCGAAAUGAAACUCCUGGUUUAACACGGAUGCUGCAUCUUUUUAAUUAUGCAUAACUGUUAUGUUUGUUUUGGAUAGGAAUCGUCACGGUAUCUUUUCAAGGAACGCUAUGAAUGUGACGAGUAGCGGCUUUCUGAAGGAGAAGAGCAUCCUCUCCAUCACCGGUGAGCGGGAUCGGGCGUAUAACGGAGCAUCUUUUUUCUCAGCUGGACUAUAGUGCGGGGCCGCUCCUGUUGCUGAAGCCUGUGUGUGCACAUAUCAUGCUCUUGAGCUCAAAGGAAUGAAUUGGACAUUUUUAUAAGGAAACACGCUGCCACAGAGACUCAACGCGUCAGAAAAGCUCUUGGUAUGGCUGCGAAGUCCUUAGACCCGGGGUCUGUUUCCAUUCCCAUGGAGGAGACCAAGCGUGCUGGAGGAGCCCUUCCAGAUGCUGCCAUGCUGACCCACCUGAAGAAGGUGGAGAACCAUAUCACAGAGGCACAGAGGUUUUCUCACCUGCCUCGGCGUUCAGCAGUGGAUUUGGAGUUUACAGAGCUCUCCUACACCAUCCGUGAGGGCCCCUGUUGGAGGAGGCGAGGAUUUAAGGCCCUUCUGAAGUGUCUGUCUGGAAAAUUCUGUAGUCGGGAGCUCAUCGGAAUCAUGGGACCCUCGGGGGCCGGCAAGUCCACUCUCAUGAACAUUCUUGCCGGCUACAGAGAGACAGGCAUGAAAGGUCAGAUCCUGGUAAACGGACGACCCCGUGACCUCCGCACUUUCAGAAAAAUGUCGUGUUAUAUCAUGCAAGAUGACAUGCUACUGCCACAUCUAACAACACUAGAGGCAAUGAUGGUUUCAGCUAACCUUAAACUUAAUGAAAACAUGGAAGUGAAAAAAGAACUGGUGAAUGAGAUCCUCACAGCAUUAGGACUGCAGGAGUGCGCUCACACUCGCACCAUUUCUCUGUCGGGUGGCCAGUGUAAACGGUUGGCUAUUGCUCAGGAGCUGGUCAAUAACCCACCUGUCAUGUUUUUUGAUGAACCCACCAGUGGUCUAGACAGCGCGUCCUGUUUCCAGGUGGUGUCCUUGAUGAAAUCUCUGGCUCAGGGAGGUAGAACCAUCAUCUGUACCAUCCACCAACCCAGUGCUAAACUAUUUGAAAUGUUUGACAAGCUUUAUAUCAUGAGUCAAGGUCAGUGUAUAUAUAAGGGAACAGUACCAAACCUUAUCCCCUACCUGAAAAACCUUGGACUCCACUGCCCUACGUACCACAAUCCUGCAGACUUUAUAAUCGAGGUCGCCUCAGGAGAGUACGGUGAUCUGAACCCUGUGCUCUUUGAGGCGGUUCAGGGAGGCCUGUGCUCAGAUGAGGGCAAGAAGAACUCCAGUGACAAGAACGACGCCACCACAUCCUGUCCCUCCCAGUGUUAUAAUGAUUCAGGCUACAUUGAGAAACACACUUUUGACACCAGUACCCUCACACAGUUCUGCAUCCUCUUCAAGAGAACCUUCAUCACUAUAUGCAGGGACACGGUAUUAACCCACCUGAGGGUGAUGUCACACCUGUGUAUUGGUGUGCUGAUUGGUCUGCUGUACCUAAACAUUGGAAAUGAUGCCAGCAAAGUGUUCAACAACACAGGCUUCCUGUUCUUCUCCAUGCUGUUUCUCAUGUUUGCUGCACUCAUGCCCACCGUCCUGACAUUUCCACUGGAGAUGUCUGUGUUUAUAAGGGAGCAUCUUAAUUAUUGGUACAGUCUAAAGGCAUAUUACCUGGCCAAGACCAUGGCUGACAUUCCAUUUCAGGUAAUUUGUCCGAUAAUUUACUGCAGUAUAGUGUACUGGAUGACAGAGCAGCCUCCAGAGGCAGGCAGAUAUCUGCUCUUUAUGGCUCUGUCCACCUCCACUGCCCUAGUGGCUCAGUCUCUGGGGCUUCUCAUUGGAGCUGCGUCAACCUCCCUGCAGGUUGCCACAUUCGUAGGUCCAGUCUCUGCCAUCCCAGUCCUCCUGUUCUCGGGCUUCUUUGUCAACUUUGACACCAUCCCCAAAUACCUUCAGUGGAGCUCCUAUGUGUCAUAUGUCAGAUAUGGCUUUGAGGGUGUGAUCCUCUCCAUCUAUGGCAUGAACCGCUCAGAGCUGGAGUGUCCCGGCGUAGUGUGCAAGUUCCAGAAACCAGAGGAGGUGCUGCAGCUGCUGGAUGUGGAGGAUGCUAAGCUCUACGUGGACUUCAUGGUGCUGGGGGUCUUCUUCGUAGUUCUGAGACUUGCCACUUACCUAGUUCUGCGUUAUAAAGUCAAGUCAGAGCGUUAGGGCCAAAACUCAUCAUCAGACAUACAUUUAAUUUCACAUACACACGUAAACUCUCAUAAAUGCACAUAAAUAUCUUUUUGCAAUGGACACAGAAGUAAAUGCACAUUGAUUACGGGGCCAUUGUUUGGCAGUGCAACAUUUAUCCUCAGUGUUUGUUAUUUGAAAUAUAUUUUUGAUUCUCUAAGUAUAGAAAAGCAAGUUAAUAUAGAUUUUUUUUGGUUUAUUUAGUUUUCAUUUUUGAAUGUAUUCCAUGCAGUAACAGUGUAAAUGCAUUUUACCCGUGACUGAACUUUGAAGCAUGAAGUCUCUAUUGACAGGACUGGAUGUAUUUAUAAUGACAAUCCCACGACAGCUACCAAUAGCAUGUGGAUUGGCCAACAGCCGACAUGCGAGUCUAUUUAUACCAUACUGAAGGAUCACCAUAUUGUCUCUCUGUUAAUGCAUUUAAUUCAUACUGAAGAACAUUAAGAACGUCAUUAAAAUGUGUUUCGGAAGAGAGUGCACUGCAUGCUUACAUAGGACAUACAAGCAGCCGAAGUGAGAACUAUGCGAUAUUACAGACUAUGAGAAUGAAUCGUCCAACCAGCGUAUCUUCAAUUACAUUUUUGUCUUCCCACAAUACACUGAAUUUGAGGAGAAUAAUAUGAUGUAAUAUGAGAAUAAUAUAAUGAUCUCCCAAGGCAAUUCUGGGCAAAGCAUCAGCGUCAACUUAAAUCUAACCGUUUAAGGAAUGUUGCAGCAAGUGCCCUUGAUGUGAACUGCCUAUCUCUUCUUUUUUUUUCUGAGGGUCAAUACCUUGCUUGAGAACCAUUUUGGCAUUUUGGCAGUAUCAAUAUGUCCUGUUACCUUGAAUUCUCUGACAACUGCCUCUGUGGUAUCCUGAGAGAGAAACAGGCAAUAGUUUGUGGGCUUUUGCUCUCUCGUUUUCAUCAGGAGGGAUCAAACCUUGAACUUGUAUAGUACAAAAACUCCCUACAGUGACCAAAAAUGUGUGAAUCGGCUUAUCACAAAGCACCACUGAACUAACUGCAUUUAGCCAAAAGCAACACAUAUCAAAGUCAGAAAAUCAUUUGCAACUGUAAUCCUAUUGAACAUCUUAUGCGAACAUUCAUUACUGUCGAAAUAGCACUCGAUGGCCUGUUUCUUUUUGCUUCUUUUCACGACUGUUCCCUGGACGCUUAAUCUGCACUGCUGAGGAUGUCAGGACAUUUGCGGUUAGUUGCAAGUGACACAAUCAUACACCUGGAUAGAGAUGCUGGAUGAACACUUUAUGCCAUGGUGUGUUCACUUCAAUGGUGUGGUGCACUUUUCUGGAUGGAUAAAUCUCUUGUUUGGACCUGUAUGUACACAUCCUCUUCCCUGCUUCUCCCCUCUAGCAGCCAGGCUAUUCAAUACCACAAUGCAAUGCAAACAUCUUCACAACUGACUCAGUGUUACUCUGGAAAUCUUUUUGAGUCCUGCUAUGUGUUAACGUCUCCUUAUAUAAUGAAGACUACUAAUAAUCUGAGUAUAUACACUAAGAAAAGUAUAUGUUAUGCUUCGAGCAAGAUUGUAAAUACAUGUAUGCACUUUUGUUGAUGUUGUUUUAUUGGAACUUUUCUGCACAUUUGUUUGUAAUUAAUUUUAUUUUUAUAUCCGAAAAUAUGACAUGCAAUUCUGGAAAAGGGAGUGGAAAAUGCAUGAUGAAUUUGAAAUCAAAACACAAGAUGCUGUGACUGAGGAAUUUAUCUUGUACAUGUGUUGUAAUCCAAAAAAUACUCCCAAAAUUAUUGAAAAAUCAGCAGCGGGUUUAUUUUAGGACAUCUUUGUAUUGUUUUAGAAUGUUACCAUAGGGCGAGCUGACUCCGUUUUGAGCCAUGCGAGUGGUAAAAAUGUGAUAUACAGGCUUUGAGACAGGAAGACGGCCUCCAGAAAACGUUUGCAUUUAGUAGCAUUUAGUUCUAACACAUAGUACUGUAAGGUACGAUUGCUCUUUUUCUAGAACAAUCUGUCCUCCGAAACAUUGCACACAGCUUUAAAGAUGAUCUUUUGGUCAUUCUGCAAUUGAAGAAUUGCUGCUGUAAAAUCAUUUUUGCUUUUUUGCCAUAUGGUUUACCCAGGGAAAAACUAGGCCAACUCAUGGUUGCGGAUGUUUCUGCAGGAGCACAGGCUUCAUUUUCAGAAGAGCUGCUUUAGAGCAAGAGAUCAAUGAAGCUAUUAGCUGCUCAACAGUCAACAAUCCAGUAUUCAAUAUUGCUUAGACAAAGCGUGUUAUAUGUUUUAUUUCCUUUUGAGUCAUUGGAGAGGUUUAGAGUAAGGAAAUGUUCACCAUCAAGAAUCUGUCUUCUAAUGGUACACAGACAUCUAGCGUAGAGAGUUGGGUAAUACCUGUUUCUAAUAGCAAUAGUAUUGUUCUGUGCCUAGUGAGUGAUAUUUCCUAUCUAAUCCUUGAAUAUUCAAUAUAUUUCCAGUGGUCGUUUGUCAAAUCUCUAUUGUGUACAAAUCAUCAUUUUGCGUGUCUGUGUCAUUAGUAUGUGUCGAUAUGGGUUUCUGUAUGUGGAGUCUCAGCUGAAAGAUGUUGAGAGACACCCGGAUGAGAUCAUAUUUCACACACUUAUAUUUAAUUAUCUUCAUUUCUCUUUAAGCAAAAUCACGUUUUUUUGUUUUUGUUUUUUUGUUACUCAGAAUGCAUGCCUUAAUGAAUAAGAAGCAUUUGACGGGUCUCUCUCAGAUUAUAAAAAUUAAAAUAAAAAAGAUAAGCAGGUAAAGUGCAAAUUCAUUUUCGAGAUAUUGAAAAAGACUUUUGUUGAUUCGGUUUUGUGUAUGAAAACAUUUUGCGAGGUUUUGGCUUGCACAGCAAUGAGAGUUACUGCAGUUUGCUUCCCAGUUUUGCUGCAUAAUUAUUAUGUUCGCCUCAUCAGAAAUGCAAGUUAUGUGUGCUAAACCAUGUUCAAAUUAUUAUAAUAAAUGCAUUUAUAUAUUA